GAGGCCGUCCCCAGUCCCGGUGUGAAUCGCUGCGCGGUCAUCUCUUCGAGGGGCUGCUCCCCGCUCCCCGCGAGACGACCCGGAAACAGCGCGGAGCCGGAAGUGGCCCGCGGCGGCUGCGAAGGCAGACCCGGAGCCCGGCGUAAGGCGCCUCGGACCGCAGUGACGGCGCCAUGUCCCUCAUCUGCUCCAUCUCCAACGAAGUGCCAGAGCACCCGUGUGUGUCCCCCGUCUCUAACCACGUGUACGAGCGGCGGCUCAUUGAGAAGUACAUUGCCGAGAAUGGCACCGACCCCAUCAACAACCAGCCUCUGUCCGAGGAGCAGCUGAUUGACAUAAAAGUUGCUCACCCGAUCCGGCCCAAGCCGCCCUCUGCUACCAGCAUCCCGGCCAUUCUGAAGGCCCUGCAGGAUGAGUGGGAUGCUGUCAUGCUGCAUAGCUUCACGCUGCGCCAGCAGCUGCAGACCACGCGCCAGGAGCUGUCCCACGCGCUAUACCAGCAUGACGCUGCCUGCCGCGUCAUCGCUCGGCUUACCAAGGAGGUCACUGCUGCCCGAGAAGCGCUGGCCACCCUGAAGCCACAGGCUGGACUCAUCGUGCCCCAGGCAGUACCCAGCUCGCAGCCCAGCGUCGUGGGUGCAGGCGAGCUGAUGGACCUAGGCGAGCUGGUGGGCAUGACUCCCGAGAUUAUCCAGAAGCUUCAAGACAAGGCCACUGUGCUCACCACGGAGCGUAAGAAGAGAGGAAAGACUGUGCCUGAGGAGCUGGUGAAGCCGGAAGAACUCAGCAAAUACCGGCAGGUGGCGUCUCACGUGGGCUUGCACAGUGCUAGCAUUCCGGGGAUCCUGGCCCUGGACCUCUGCCCCUCGGACACCAACAAGAUCCUCACUGGUGGGGCAGAUAAAAAUGUUGUCGUCUUCGACAAGAGUUCCGAGCAGAUCCUGGCCACCCUCAAAGGCCACACGAAGAAAGUCACCAGCGUGGUGUUUCACCCUUCCCAGGAUCUGGUGUUCUCUGCCUCCCCGGAUGCCACUAUCAGGAUUUGGUCCGUCCCCAGCACCUCUUGUGUCCAGGUGGUUCGGGCCCAUGAGAGCGCUGUGACUGGCCUCAGCCUCCACGCCACUGGCGACUAUCUCCUGAGCUCCUCUGAUGACCAGUAUUGGGCUUUCUCGGACAUCCAGACCGGCCGUGUGCUCACCAAGGUGACAGAUGAGACCUCUGGCUGCUCUCUCACCUGUGCACAGUUCCACCCGGACGGACUCAUUUUUGGAACAGGGACCAUGGAUUCUCAGAUUAAGAUCUGGGACUUGAAGGAGCGCACCAACGUGGCCAACUUCCCAGGCCACUCGGGCCCCAUCACCAGCAUUGCCUUCUCGGAGAACGGCUACUACCUGGCCACGGCGGCCGACGACUCCUCCGUCAAGCUCUGGGAUCUGCGCAAGCUGAAGAACUUCAAGACGCUGCAGCUGGACAACAACUUUGAGGUGAAGUCACUGAUCUUUGACCAGAGCGGUACCUACCUGGCUCUGGGGGGCACAGAUGUCCAGAUAUACAUCUGCAAACAGUGGACCGAGCUCCUCCACUUCACAGAGCACAGCGGCCUGACCACAGGGGUGGCCUUUGGCCACCACGCCAAGUUCAUCGCGUCAACAGGCAUGGACAGGAGCCUCAAGUUCUAUAGCCUGUAGGCCAUCACCAUUGUCACCACCACCCCUCCCCCCACCCGACAGUGGGGCCACAUCACAGUAGUGGGGUAGUUAGGGCUGGGGGUGGGGAGGAAGGGAGCGUACGGGGUGUUCACAUCAUUUCACUCAGCUUUGAGGGGCAGCCUCUGGCAACGGACCACCCUACUCCACAUGGCCUCCUGCCCCUUCUGGGCUCAGGGUUCGGCCCAGAACCCUUCCCCAACAGCAUUCCUUGAGUUGUCCAGGCUGCCUGCCCACCCCCGAGUGUCCAGUCCCCUGGGCCGGGACAGGGGAGGGUAAGGGACUGUGAAGGGGGCACCCAUGUGCCUUCAGGGUUUUGUCAGCAGCGAUCUAGUUUCAUUAAAAAAGCUACACAAUAAA